AUGCGUUACCUAAAGAACUUAGGAGGCGUCGUUAAAUGCAGAACCAUCCCGUUUUCUUGUGAAAACACUGAUCUUUUUAGUGUUGUGCCUAAAAAGAAAGACGUCCUCCCGCCAGCACCUGUUGUAAAGUCUUCUCAUAGUCUACUUCGAUCACUUCCGAGCUCUCCGUUCACUUCAUGCACUUGCAGUUUAUCUGCUCCAAUGCAGAUCCGGUCUGCACACACGGACGUUGCAAAUGUUCCUGAUUUCUCGAAGUACCGCCUAGAGUCUACCAAAGACCCUCAAUCACGGGCUGCUGACACCGAAAUACAGCGCAAGAUAUUCUCUUAUACGAUGAUGUUUGCGACUGCGAUGAUUGCCACUACAUCAGCCAAGUACACCGUUAGAAUGUUCAUUGAACCUCUGGGACCUUCCUCUAAAACUAUGGCAGAAGCCUCCACCGAAGUCAACUUGGCUUCUAUCCCUGAAGGAAAAAAUGUUACAGUCAAAUGGCGUAAUAAACCUCUUUUCAUUCGCCACAGAUCAGCGGAAGAAAUUGCUCGUGAACGUGCUGUUCCUUUGGAAAGCUUAAGAGAUCCUCAGCUAGAUCAAGAUCGUGUAAAAGUGGAUAAAUGGCUGAUUUGUCUGGGCGUAUGUACACAUUUGGGUUGUGUUCCAGUAGCACACGCCGGCGAUUUCCCCGGAGGUUACUUCUGUCCUUGUCACGGUAGUCAUUACGAUGCAUCUGGUCGUGUAAGGAAAGGCCCCGCUCCUCUUAACUUGGAAAUACCUCAGUACAAGUUUGUGGAUGAAAAUACCGUCAUUGUGGGAUAA